CUUUACAGAUCAACCUUCAGCGUGUCUGGGUUCAAAUGCAUUAUCGAUAAUAAUAAAAUAGGGUGGCAACACCUUGCCGUUUGCCGAAUAUUUUUUAUACAAACAUAGUUUUAGAGUCAUAGUGUAAGCGCCGACACCAUGUCCCAGCCGAUGCCGCCAGAAAAUAUAAAUAGUCACAUACUGGCAGUGCUCCGCUUGCCUCUGCUAGAUAAACUGUCGCAAUUGGAGAUAUUAUUCGAUCGGUGCACCAUUCGCCAAAUUCAAGAUAUUUAUCCGCUCAUUGUGCACUCGAUAUUUGGAAUUAAUGGUAAUCCACUGGGCUGGGGAUUGAGGAUAACAACAUUGGAGAAUGCGGCGCAUACUUACAACAGACUACAUCAGUUUUUUGCUGUGAACGGUAUUUGGAUGCACAUUUGCCACCGGCUGCUAAAUGAAACAACAAAAUUUGAUAUAGAUAUUAAUUUACUGCCGCGUAAAUUCAUUAGCAUGCUGCAAGGCGGUCCUAUGUUCUAUUCCGAUCUCAUCAACAUCGAUCCCUUGAAGCAUCAGCUGAGCACGCUCUCCCUCAACGCUUUCGAUUUCUACAUGCUGCACUUUGUGCUAUAUGCGUUGCAACCUCUGCACACCAUUAAUCCAAUUGCCAUGCAGAUUCACAGCGAAAGGACUAAGACAGUCUAUCAGCUGCUUGUUGCUGAGUAUCUGGAUAACUUUUUGCCACAAUAUCCGAAUGCCAACAUAGAACCAUCGAAUUAUGUGAGCAGCGUCAAGGCACCUCAACAGUUGCCAGCACAGUCGCUGCAGCCGUUGCGGCAGCUGCGUUAUCUUAAGUUGCCCAGCUCGUAUCGCAAUGGGAAUGGAGAGGCGGGCGGAGUAGCGGCAGCUAGCACGUCGCCUCAGUCUUCGGCGGAUGGUAAUGCGACUGCUAGUCGAGUCUACACUUGGCGCUCUGAGUCUGUGGUACACUUCUUCAUUGAUAUUUGGUUGCGUUACGACAUCGAAUCGGAGCACCAUUUGCCCAGCAGCGAAUUUGUGAGGGGUGUUCGAACACUGGUUAAGCAAAUACACUUCUUCCACAAUGCUGCGCGUAUGGAUCACAGUCCGCUCUGCGCGCUCAGAAAAUUAUCCCUGACUAUGGUUAAGGGGCGCAUCUAUGCCUUCCUCUGUAGUUUGAUCGAUCGUUGGCCACUGGACAGCUCGUUAAGUGUUGUCUUGGAGCUCUGGCUGAGCUACAUUCAACCAUGGCGCUACACUAUGGGCGCCAGCAAUCGAACCUUGGGCAUAAAUUACGAGCCACCUAUUACGACUUUCUUUGACGGGUUCAUUAUAGACAAUCUGAUUGUGUAUACGCACAUCUUUAUGCAGUUGUUGCCUCGAUUUGAACGGCUUGAUUACUCGGUUUAUCGCAAUGCUUAUAUGCUGCAUCGCCUAGCUAAAACGUUUGCGCAGCAGGACUUGGUUGAGCGACUGCAACGUUUCGAGCGUUUGCACUCGGGCAAUGCUUAUGGCUUUGAUUCACCUCAGCGUCAGGUUAAUAUGUUAAACAAAUCACACAACAACUCCUACAAUGCACAAUGGAAUCCCUUAGUGAGCUCCAAUAUACCAAAGCUGUUUAGUGAGCAUAUGCAUUCGAAAAUUCAGAGCUUUUUGUUUGGCAUCAGCAUGGCGCGAAACUCUGUCCUGACAAACAUAAUUAGUGCGCUGCGUAAGGAAAUAUUAGACCGACAACGCUCGGAGGGCUAUCUGAGAAACCUAUUAAAGAAGAUCCUUGGCGAGACAACCCAGGAUGAGUUAACGCUACGCGAUUUGAGUCGCAUACCCGAGGUGCUACGUCAAUGUAUAGAUGCAUUCUGUCGCACUUUCAAUGUGGAUCCGGGCACAUUGUCUAUGCAUGAAACACUGCCUGCGGAACCGGUUCCUCUGGCUUCACCAUCGUUGCAGAAUUUCAGCUUUUUCGAUUCGAAUGAUUGUUUAGAUACUUCGAUGCUGUCUCCGCAUCAAAUGUCCCUGAAUGCCUCAAACUUACAGCCCACAGUCGAUCCUGCGCUGCUGCCCAUUAAGUCAAAUGAGAUAAAACCGCUGGUAAGACUGCUGCACCAUAUAUCGGAAGCCAUCAACGAUAAAUAUGGCAGCCGUAUAGAAGCUUUUUACGAGCGUGACGACUUUUAUGGAAAGCUCUCGCGUCAAGUUCUGUACGCUCCCAUGACGGAGAAGUGGUUCGAAAAAAGCGAUGGCAACGUAGAUAUUUGCGAGAAGCAACUGCCCCCGCGUGUCAGUCUACGGCCACUGGGCUCCGUACCCUCAAUUUGUUUGAUCGCAUUUGCAUUGUGCUUCGGACACUUGUGGUGCGGUGUGGCUAGUGUUGGCCUGUUGCUCCUUUGUGCUGUGUUCUUUAUUUACUGCAUGCUUUUGGCAUUAUUGUCAUAAGUAAUUUAUAUAUUUUUGAUAUAAAAUCAAUAUUUUCA